GAAAUGGAUAGACACACAAGCGGCCAUCAGCAGUCAAUAUGCAAAUCCUCAUUAUUUUAUGUCUGGUAGCGACAUUAUGGGCAAAUCCAGUGAGGAGGCAUAACCCCAUGGAAAAUGAAGGCUUAUUCGAAGGUGAUAUCAUGGGAAUCGAUCUUGAUCAGGACAGAAAUGCCGUCCCAAAAGAUUCUCAGCGAUGGCCGAAUGGAGAAAUUCCUUACCUAGUGGAUGAGGCUCUCUAUCCUAUAUGGGAAACUCUGAUGUUGGCAAUGCGUCACAUCGAAGAAAGAUCUUGCAUACGAUUUGUUCACAAAGAUGUUCAACAUAAGAACUAUAUUAAAAUAUUCAAAGGAAAUGGGUAAGAAUUUCUCCAACAAAUUAAAAUUUA